ACGGACAAAAGUGAAGGGAAACAACAGAAAUCUGUCCAACAGCCAAACGACGAGAAAACAUUAGACAGAGAGAGAGACAGACAGGACAGCGUGGGGAAUGUGUCCUGCGUGGCUUUUGGUGGCUGUGGCGGUGGUGGGCGUGGUCAGAGGAGCUGUCAGUCAGUGCUGGGAACAUCCGAGCUGUCAGGAGGUCAAGUCUGAGGGCAGCAUGAUGGAAUGUAUCCAGCUCUGUCGCUCCGACCUCACCGCAGAGACACCUGUCAUCCCAGGCGACAACCACCUCCAACCUGUUCCUCCAUCAGAUCUCGAUUCUCUGCCUCCCCUCCCUCUUUUAUCUUCCCCCUCCUCUCCUCAGGCCAAGCGCUCCUACUCCAUGGAGCAUUUCCGCUGGGGGAAGCCUGUUGGACGAAAGCGCCGCCCGGUCAAAGUCUACACCUCAAACGGCGUAGAAGAAGAGUCAGCCGAGCUUUUCCCCGGAGAGAUGAGGAGGCGGGAGCUCACCAGCAAGCUGCUUGCAGCAGAGGAAGAGGAGAAGGCGCAGGAGGUGGCAGAAGACGAGCAGGAGCAGCUCCCGGGUGACAUCCACGAAAAGAAAGACGGCGGGUACAAGAUGAAGCACUUCCGCUGGGGUGGCCCGCCGGCCAGCAAACGCUACGGUGGCUUCAUGAAGAGCUGGGAUGAACGCAGCCAGAGGCCGCUGCUCACGCUCUUCAAAAACGUCAUCAACAAAGACGGACAGCAGGAGGGAGAGCAGUGAGGGAGUAAGAAGGAGAGGGAGGAAAGAGCUUGAAGAGGAGCAGAGACAUCGGCCAACAAAUCCUCCAAAAUAAAAACAAAAUAU